UUUACAAUACUGCGAAGUUAAAAGUUCACAUAAAAACCUCUUUAAAAGAUCUAAAAGUGGAUACAAUACAAAGAAAAUCUGUCUUUGUCCCGGGACAUCAUGAGGCCGAAAUCUGCUAUGGAGGUGAAGCUGACUUACACAAGCACUAUAACAGCUGUAACAAGAAUCCAGGUCAUGUCAACUUUAUACCUGUUAAUGAUUUUAACUUGGAUCAUCUCCCCUCACGUUACCGUGGCGUCAUCAUGUUGGAGCUAAUCAAAACUUUGUCUGCCCUAACGGUCCUGAUAAAGGUCAAGUACAUCAGUAAAGAGAGACCAAAGUCUGUUCCAUGUUUCAGAGGACAGUAUCCAUUUUAUAACACCAGAGGAAAGAAAGUGUUGAGGACAGGGACAGGGAGGGUGUUUGAUGUGGUCAAGUACUCAGAGAGUGACAACAAGGGCACUUGUCCAUGUGGCAAGUGUCAACACUCUGACACACCAAGCAAAGUGUGGGGGGAGGUUCGUGUGUUGACAGCCACACACGUGGUGUUUGAUGACAGUGAGGCGAGACAGACCAGGUGUGUUGUAGGUUUUGAUGACAAUAAAAGUCCAGUGGUCAGUCUUGAGGGCUGGAGAGUGUGGGCGUCAGACAUUGAGGGAGACGGGUGUAAGUUUACAUGUGUGUCUUGUGAUUUAGUGUUGCUUGAUGAACUGGACAAGAUGUGUCGGCACUUCGGUGAUCUGCGUGAGAAAGUAGAGGACGAAUACUGCAGAUUUUCUGCUGUGGACAAGUUGACCGUUAUAGUGUCACAUCCUCAUGGCUGUCCUAAACAGGUCUCUGUAGGACCAUGGAUACACGCUGAUGAGGGGGAAGGUUGGUACACCAAGUCCACGUACACAACAUGUACAUGUCCAGGCUCCAGUGGAGCAGAUGUCUACAUGCUGGGAUAUGUCGUAUGGGCAUCACGUCCCCACAGUGGAUCAAACUCUGAAGGAAAUUAUAGUGGGGAGGCAGGGCGGUGUUGAUCCAUCUGUAACUGUUGGUUCUCACUCCUUGUCUAAUGUAACUGUUGGUUCUCUCCCCUUGUCGAAUGUAAACAAACAAAAUAGCAGCUCCUGCAUUAAACGUGUGUGUCAAGACUUGAAUGUGUUCAUCAGCAACUUUGUAUUCUGGUAAAGGAAGGAAAUAAAUUGUUAAGUUUCUUUCACAUCAUUUGUUUAGAGUUGUUAGACACAUAAAAAAAUUGUAAACAAAUGUUUAUUGUUGAGAAAUGAAAUAAUUAAAGGCUACACUUGUAUCUUUGUUUUGUUUAAACCUCCACAUUAGAUUUGUCAUCGCCAUCUUUGCCUUUAUACUUUAUUUAUA